AUGGCUACACACACUACUCAGGACCCUGGCGGCGGCGGUGGCGGCAGCACCCAAUCCACUCGCGAUCCUCCUCCUCCACGUCCUGCAAUCGAUCCAUACUACGUCAAUCCUAAUGAGAACUUAUCACAAGGUAUCAUCUCUGUCAAACUUGAUGGCUCCAAUUAUCAUGUCUGGAGUAGAUCUAUGCGAAUAGCCCUUAAAACCAAGAAGAAGCUAGGCUUCAUCAAUGGCACCUUACCCAUGUCUGAAGCAACCCAUCCUGAUUAUAAGGCUAGGGAUCAAAGCAACACCAAUGUCAUGGGAUGGAUCCUCAACUCUCUUGUCGACUCCAUCGCUGAGGCAGUCAUGGACAACGAAACUGCCCAGGAUCUCUGGAAAGACCUCCAAGAACGAUAUGGCGAAGCGGAUUCAAUUCGUUUGGCUCAUGUUCGUGGUUACAUCCUAACCUGCAAACAGGGCACUGCCUCUGUCACUGAUUACUACAACAGAUUAGGCGUCCUUUGGACGAAAUACCUCUCUUUCAAAUCUAUCCCUGCCUGUGAAUGCGCAGCCACUCCACUUACCACCUCUUGUGUCACUUAUGCCGCUGUGAAAGAGUCCCAAGAACAAGACUACACCAUCGAAUUUAUUACUGGUCUCAAUGACAACUUCGAGAUGACCAAGAACCAACUCCUGCUCAUGGACCCUGCCCCCGACCUGAAAUCUGCUUACAAAUAUGCCCUGAAACUUGAAAGACAAAUGGGCAAGCAAUCUCAAAAAGAUAAUUCCGGUGUUGACUCAGUGGCUCUAGCUGCAUCUCAGUAG